UAAUUUAUGUUGGAGCAGUAAAGCAUUAUACAGCACUCGCAGAGUGGGCAGUUCAACGAGGAGAUAGUGAAGGCGACCAGCGACAACGGGUACGACAAGGAGGCGGUGUAUUCCAGGACAGUGUGACGUUCAGAAACACGAUGGCCCUUGACCUAAACGGCGUACUCCACAAGAUGGGGCCGUGGCACGUCCCCACGUUGGCCUUCCUCUUCAUGCGCGGUUUCCCCCUCAGCUUUACGAUACUCCUCCUGUCCUUCGCCGCCCCCAAGAUGGAUCAUUGGUGCGCUAGGCCAUCGGGAUUCGAAGAAUGGACGUCGGAACAGUGGCGGAAUUUUGCCAUUCCCAUGGAAAUGCACAAAGGAAAAAUGAAGCCAAGCAAAUGCGCCAUGUAUCGCAUCGAAAUUACAGAUUCCGGGCCCGUGGCUCUCAACGAGACCCUGUCCUGCACCGCCUGGGAGUAUGACACGUCAUUCUACAAGUCGAAUCUUGUCACCGAGUGGGACCUGGUCUGCGACAGAAGUUGGUACGUUUCCAUGUCACAAAGCUUAUUCAUGGGAGGCCUCAUUGCAGGAAACGCGCUGUUCGCCACCUUAUCAGACAGGUUCGGUCGUCGGACUUCACUGCUUUUCGCUGUCAUCAUUGUGACGCUGUCGGGAUUGGCCACAGUAGCCUCCCCCACGUUCCUGGUGUUCAACCUCAUCCGCCUGGUAACAUCACUGGGAGUCGGAGGCUACCAGAGCACCGCAGUCACUAUAGCUAUGGAAUGCAUUUCUACCAAGCGUCGUCCCAUCCUGUUGUUGGGUGCCCUGGGAUGGAUCGCAGGCUGCACCGCGCUUCCUUGGUUGUCGUACGCCAUCACAGACUGGGUGAUCCUACAGGUGGUCUUGUCGCUCUCCAGCCUAGUUCUCCUUGCGCUAUGGUUUGUUCUACCGGAAUCUCCUCGCUGGCUGAUGACGAAGGGAAAGCUGAGAAGAGCCGAAGCGUCCCUGAACGAUAUAGCCGCAAAGAACAAGCUUGAAAACAUUGACGUGCCAAAAAUGGUGGAUGAACAGCGGAAAUUAGUCGAGAAAACAAGCAACGCAGAGCACACCGUCUCCUUCUUGGAUUUAUUCAAAGGGAAAAGACUGAGGAAGAAGACAAUCCUCAUCUUCAUCUCGUACUUCGCCAAUCGCCUGUUGAUGUUCCACCUGACCUUCUUCAGCGUGCACUUGGGUGGCAGUCCCUUCGUCAGCUUCACCAUGGUCAUCCUGUUCAGCCUUCCGGGAUGCUCCGUUAUACCCAUGCUCCUGAUCCGUUACUGCCGGCGGAGGAUAGGUCUCUCUGUCUCGUGCUUCAUAACGGGCUUUUUCAUCCUCUUGCUCAUACCACUUACCGAAGAUUACCUCAUCCUUCGACUGCUGACCACGAUUAUUGCGAAGAACGCAGUCAACGCGGGAGCUGGGGUGCUCACCGUGUUCGGCGGGGAAGUGUUCCCGACGGUAGUCCGAACUAUGGGCAUCGGCGGAGGCUACAUGGCCAGCAGAGUAGGGGCCAUGCUCGCACCAUUCUUCAAGGAACUGGCAAACAACACAAGCCCCGCAGUAGCAGCUGUGGUGAGCGCCGUGGUUGCCAUCAUUGGAGGGUUGGCAGCCAUUAUGCUCCCAGAGACUUUAAACAAGCCGUUACCCGACACGCUAGAGGACGCCGAGAAAGAACUCUAAAAAUUGCGUCCUGGGCCAGUGCAAAGCAAAGGUGCUCAAUCGCAGUCACAUGGUCACGAGUACAAUAUGCGACAUGUUCGCAAAGAAUGGAGCCGAUUCAGACAGUGCUAUAAUCAGGGCCAUAGUUAUACUUAUAUAACCAAAGGCUCCGCCAGCGCUGAAACGCUGCAUCCAGUAGGUACAUGUCGUUCGUUCUCGAAGGCAGCUGAGCAACCAAAGUUGGCAUCAUCUCCUAUAGUAGCUCAGCCGCAGUAGAUAUAGUGGCAAAAAAAAAAAAGAAAAAUGACAGUUUUCCUUCAAGCAUUUGUUUUUAAAAUUAUGCGCAUGAGAGGAAGCUGCAUUCAGUUAUUUUUACGGAUGUCUUUAUCCUUUCUAUAUAUAUAAAAAAAAAUACAUGCGACGUGGGUUGUCGCGACAGAAGGUUCAAGCUUAAAGCAGUCAACUAGUGAUUUUAAAGUUAAUUCUGUUGACAACUCGAAUACCAUCGCAUUCCACAUUUUAACGCGCGACAUGUACAAAGAGCCGUCGCGUUCGCUCCGUUUCGCAGCUAGAUACUUAUUAUGUACUGUAAAUAUUGCCUAAGUUGACAUUCAGAUGAGUAAUACCAGCGUUAUAAAUGCCACGGCUGGCGUUCUCAGCCUCACAAAAUCUGGAGAACACACAGCCAUUUAAGCUGCUGUGAGCACUGGGAAAGGCAAGGCUUGUCGAAAGAAAAUCCUUGUCUUUUUUUGUUAUUUCAUUACAGUUUAUGACAAAAAAGAAGAAGAAAAUGCCCGUGGCCUUUUUUAUUAUAGUAAGGGAAAAUAUUGCGCGUUUAGUACGUUGACAUUUCCAGCGAUUUUAUGGUUUCUUUGCGCAUUGACACGGGCGUACAUCCUCGGAAGCGAACUUCGUAACACGCUCAGGGCAAGUGCCAUAAAAAGACAUAUCCCUAACGAAUCAGGAUGAACGAUUAUAUCACUCGGAACUAAAUAGACGAAUGGGAGCCUGUUACGUGGUGAAGUCCUGCUUUUAGAGUGUAUAGUCUUCAGUGGUCGAGUUUAGCCCAACAUGGCUGCCGUCGGUGGUGGCUGCCAUGGCCACCUGCCCGUAGUAGCUUUCCCUUUCUCAGUCUUUUUCGAAAUCUACGAACAACCUAUUUUUUAUGGGUUGAAAAGGUAGGGGCAAACCCGGUUAUAUAGCAGGUAGAAGAACUUGCUAUCAGCACCUGAGAACCCUUGAAACUUAGUAUCAGUUAUUAAUUCUUGUAGCUCACCUCCCCCCCUCCCCCACCCGAUUAAAAACUAUCAUGAUGACGAAUAGCAGCAGGAAGACAAGGACAGGGUAGAAAUAGACAGGACGUCUGCAGACUCUCAACUGAUGUUUAAUCAAGAGUCUGCAGUCGUCCUGUCCCCUUUUUCUCUAUGUCCUUGUCUUUUUGCUGCUAUUCGUUAUCAUUAACCUAUAUCAACUACUCCGGAUUGUUCCUAUUGCGUAAAAACUAUCAGUAAUGUUUACGUGGCGCAUGCCAAGCAAUGAGCGGCAGACAUUCCGUUCAUUACAGCCUUUCGGGGGAAAGGGGGCUGAAGUGAACAAAAGAAGUCGGUUCAGUGGCAGUGUGUAUGAUGGCGUAUAGCCAGUGAUGGCCACUAACUACUUCUAUAGUAGUUUAACUAUAACUACUAACUACUUUGUGAUGGAGUAGUUUAACUAGUAGUUGGACUACUUUUUAGGGGAGGUAGUUAAAACUACUUCUUUACCUACUGCAAUGUAUUUCAACUACAUCUCUAACUACUUAACGUUGUCCAUCAACACCAAUCCCAUUCUACAGUGUUCCUGGACACCUAAAUAUAAAUCACGAGCAGUGAUAAAAGUGAAGAUUGAGUACACAUGCAUGGCACAAUUGCUCUGCACCUCCGUUCUCAUGAAACAAGUAGCUCAAGGUAAAAGUCGGAAGCACAACUGUGCCGUAAAACUUGCGGCAAAACCGGAAGUAGUUGGCGCAUGCAGUAACCUAACUACUGUAGUUAACUACUCGAAAUAGGAGUUUAACUAGUAGUUGCACACUACAUUUCUGCAAGUAGUUCAUAACUACUUUAUAACUACAAUCAGGUAGUUUAACUAGUAGUUUAACUACAUGUAGUUAACUACUGGCCAUCACUGCGUAUAGCUUUGAUUCAGUGUGCCACUCCCGUCUGGACCUGGAGGCUGUCAACCCACAGCUGUCGUCCCGGAUUACAUUCACCGCGUGCAACGCCCAAUCUUGGACAAUCAACGAAUGCCAUGUUCCGAGAGAUGUGUCCACCGCUGUGAAGAAGAAAGCAGUGCGUCAGUGUGAGACGCGCCUCGUUUCAGCAGUAUAUACUGCACAGACCAUCCGCAAACUUGGUUAGGACGUGGUUCGUCUAUUGUUCAUUUGAAGUACCAUAUCGUCGUUCGGUCGAGUUGAAUUAAACUGUGUUGUUGUUAAA